AUGCCUCCUCGCAAGUCGUGGAAGCCCAAGGGCAGCAGCCGCGGCCCGGCGCAGAGGCCCCACGGGAAGUCCGCCGCCGCCCCCGACCCUAACCCCGCCCACGAGUACCCCUACGACGCCUCGGCGGCCGCCGCCUCAGAGGCCCUUGAGCGCCUCGACGUCUCCGCGGCCGCCGAGGAGGAUCCUCCGGUGGAGACGCCGCCGCCACCGCCGCCUACCCAGCACGAGGUCCCCGCGCCGGCACCGCCGUCUCAGCCGCCGGUGGAGGCUUCGUCGUGUGGGUCUGGGAGCGCCGCGGCGGGUGGGGGCCGGGAGGAAGGGGCCUUGAGGAGGCUGCGGGAGCUGGUGGGGAUUGGUCGGGAGGAGGUAGAGUUGACUGAGGAGGAGGUGCGCACCAACGAUCAGAGGCAGGAGGACGAGAUAUGUGCCCUGGAAGCAAUUUUUGGCGACACUGUAGUCAUGCUGAACAGAAAGCAAGGCCAGCGGACUUUCCAGGUUCACGUGCAUAUUGAGAUCCCAGAUGGCACAGAUGUAUCGGCAAGGCUCAGUUUUGGUGCUGGAACACUAAAUUAUAAAGGAGCGCAUGAUGAAGAUGCCUCUGAUGAUCUUGUUUACAAGUUUAGAGUUGAGCAUUUACCUCCAAUCCUGCUGACAUGUCUCCUGCCUUCGUCAUACCCGAGCAACCAGCCUCCCUUUUUCACUAUAUCCACCGAAUGGCUGGACAAAGUGAUGCUUUCGUCAUUAUGUCACAUGCUGGAUAUGAUUUGGGAAGAGCAACUGGGCAUGGAAGUAGUAUAUCAGUGGGUGCAAUGGCUCCAAAGCUCUUCCCUUUCUUACUUAGGGUUUGAUAAUGAGAUAGUUUUAAGCAAGGGUGAUCUAACGUGUGUUGAAGAUGGUGGGGAUAACCGUGCUUGUCCAGAUGAUGCUCCACCUGAUUUGACAAUUCCAAGGAUUAUUAGAUACAAUGAUGAUAAGCGUCAUGAAGCCUUUUUGCAUGGUAUCCAUGACUGCAUGAUUUGUUUCAGCGAGCUUCCUGGUGUCGAUUUCAUCAACCUUCCAUGCCACCAUUUCUUUUGCCAGAAAUGCAUGCAAACAUAUUGCAAAAUGCAUGUCAAGGAAGGAACUGUAGUGAAGUUGCUGUGUCCUGAUACAAAAUGUGAAGGUGUUGUUCCUCCCAAUAUAUUGAAAAGGCUGCUGGGGGAGGAUGAGUUUGAACGUUGGGAAGGAUUGCUUCUUCAGAGAACUCUUGACGCCAUGGCUGAUGUAGUUUAUUGUCCAAGAUGUCAAACUGCUUGCUUGGAAGAUGCAGGUGAUGAAGCUGUGUGUUCAAGUUGUUUAUUCAGCUUCUGCACACUUUGUAGAGACCGCCGUCAUGUUGGGGUGGAAUGUUUAUCUCCAGAAGAAAAACUUAUUAUUUUGGAGAGACGUCAAAAGUCUGGCCAAGUGAAGGGAGAUAUCCAGAAGGUUGUGGAUGAAGUACGCAGCAUCAAGGAAAUUUUGAAGGAUGCAAAACAGUGUCCACGAUGCAAGAUGGCUAUAUCUAAGAUAGAAGGAUGCAAUAAGAUGACCUGUUGGAACUGCGGGCGGUUCUUCUGCUACCAGUGUAAUGCUGCAAUCAGUGGAUACGAUCAUUUCAAGGGUGAUUGUGUGGUAUUUGAUCAGGAGGAAAUUGAUAGAUGGGAAAUGCAAAUGAAUCAAAGGCAACAACGCCAAGUAGUUGCGCAAGCGCAGGCUGAAAUCUUCGAAGGAGAAUAUGGUUACCCAUGUCCUACUUGCCGCAACCCAAUUCCAAAGGUACUGUCAAAAUCCUUUAUUUGUGAAGGUAUCUCAGGAGCAGCAUCUCUAGUAAUCAUGAGAAUGAUGCAAUUGCCUGCAUUUUGCAUCAAGAAACCAAAAUGUGCUACUUCACGUACAACUGCUUGUGGUUAA